AUGCGGAUGCAGGUCGCUUGUGACCGUUUGUCGGCCGCAAAUGCCGACCUCGAGGCAGAGAUCCGCAGGCUUGAGGAGGACCUUGUGGCACGACGUCGCGCCUCCACAGACUUGGAGGUGCGGGCUGCAGCUCGUCUGAGCUCCGCGGAGAACGAGUUGCAAGCAGCCAGGGAGGAGCUCGCAAAUUUGCAGCGGAGGUGGCAGCAGGUCAGCGGCGCGCAGAGCCGGGCGAAGCUGGAGGUGGCCUCGGACAAGAAGAUGUCGGCUGACUUGGAGGGCAGCCUCUCGGAGCAGCUGGAGCGGCGCAGGGCAGAGCAGCGCGCCAAGGAGUCGGCGCUGAGCCAGCAGCUGGUGCGUGAGGAGCAGGCAGCCGAAAAGGCCCGACAAGAGAUGCAGAAGGUGAAGGAUGCCGGGGCCGAACAGGUGAUUCGAACCCAGGAGGAGCAGCGGCGAAAGCUUCAGGGCGUCCAGAAAUUCAAGGUGCAGGCUGAGGAGACGAGGCGUGCUGACCUGAAAUCGACCAGCGACGAGGUGGCUACGCAGCAGCGCAGGCUGCAGGGCCUGGAGCGCGACACCGCGGCCAUGAGGCAGCGCCUAGAGGAGAAUGAGCAGCGGUUGAGCUUGCUGCGGCAAACGGACUCCGAGGACUCACGGGCAAUGAGCCAGGCAAAGGCAGAGAUCACGGCAAUCGAAGGCUCUUUGCAGAAGGCCCACGAGGAGGACGCCGCUUUGACACGCCAGGUGGAGGAUGCCAAGCGCAUGAAGGAGCAGGCCGAGGUGUUCGUGCCUGCAGUGGCGCCGACCAGGGAGGAGCCGAGCUUCGAGAGGAGCCAAUGGAGGAGCUGCUUCGCCGACGAUGGCCAGAACCUCGCAAGCUUCACGGCGUUGCAUGACAAGCUGGAGGGCCACAUUCAGCGUCUUCAGCGACACACUGAGGAGCUGCAGACGGUCUUGAGCACCCAAGCCCGGGAGGUGCCGCGAAAGGAGCCGCUGGCCUUUGAGGCCAUCGCACGACGUUAA